UCAUCAUACUUUCACUUCCUCGCUUCCCUCCCUCCUUCUUUCGGUCUCUUCAUAUCUACUUCUCAAUCACUCUUCCUUCUUUCCUUUCCUCUUUGUUAGAUAUAAGUCUUACCUGGCGUAACCUCUUCUCUUUUGUUUCCUCAUCUCCUUUCCUCAUCUCCUCUCUUCCUCACCCUCUCCUGCUGAUCUUCCAAACUUGGUCAUGUUCUUCGCUCUGCAGCCAAACACUCUUGAGCUUUAAACAACAUCCAUCACUCUCUCACUCACACACACACACAAACACACACUCUGUCUCUCCGGGUCAGCUCUGGUCUUUACUCUGUUUCUAUUUUAGCUCGACUCUCUCAGACAGCAGUCAUGGCUCGCUGCAGGAGUUACUUGCGAGGGCUCGCCAUCUGUAUCACUGUGCUGCUACUGGUGUCCGGUAUGGUGAUGAUAGGCGUCGGAUUUUACUCCAUCGAUGGCAACACGCUAGUUGCUGAGAUUUGACUCUGGGAACAGAAAGCAUACCAGAUGGUCCAAGUCAGAAGUCUGGAAGGACGGCGGAUCACAAAUUUGUUUGACCAGUUGUCCAGUAGCGAUGGUUUACUGCUCCUGCAGGUGUUCGGUCCGGUCACCAUGGUUUUGUCUGUGCUGGGCAUCUGUGCUGCGACGUUGGACGUCAAAACUCUGCUGUUGGUGUUUUCUGCUCUGAUAUUUGUGGAGUUUGUGGCUCUGAUGAUUGUGGCCUCGCCGCUGGUUCAGGUUCAAGCUCAGAUGGACAGUGCAGUGGAGGAGGUGUUUCUGAAUGUAACUCCCCUGCACAGAGCAGAGCGUGACAUCCAGAGUGAACUAAACAAACUCCAGGCCUCGGACUCUUGCUGUGGUUUGAGAAGUUUUGAGGACUGGGAACAUCAACUUCCUUCUUCCUGUUUCUGCACACCUCCUGCCUCCGACCUGCAGCAGAGCUCUCAGACUGGUAACUCCAGCUUAGAGGGGCCUUGUGUCAUGGUGGGAAGUGACAUUUCCCGGGUGACAACAAAACUCACAGAUAAAUUAUGGGUUCACUCCAAGCCCUGCGGUCCCAUCCUGAAGAGUUACCUGAGCUUCCCCAUCAAACUCAGAAUAGGAAUCAUUUCAUCCUUCGCCACCAUUACGAUGGCGGCCAUUGCUCUGUGUCUGGCGUUGGGCCUGGAGGAAUACUGGAAGAAGCCUCCAGUUGAAACUACAGUCGAUGACUUCAACAGAGUGAAAUACGAACCCAAACCCUCGCUCACCUGACCUUUGACCCCUCAUGCCAAAACCAAGGCAUCAAUUCAUACUACUGGCAAGACUUCAAUAAAAAAAAUAUAAAUAC